AGAGGCUCUUCUGUCUCUCUCUCUCUUUCUCUUCUUCCUCCAUAUCUCUUUUCAUUUUUUUAAUCUCUUAAUUAUCUAAAAAAAAAGCGUUUUCUCCUUCAGGUCAACUUCAGUUUAAGCAUCUCUCGUCUUCUUCACCACCACCUUACCUUCUCUGUUGUUUAGUAAUCAAUGGGGGAAGAAGCAAGUAGACAACAACAAAGGGCAUGGAACAACAACAGAGACAUGACGUUAACGACAAACCUUUCUCUGGACAUAAAUAAACACCCGACAGAUCCGUCUGAAAACGGCGGUGAAACAUCGUACUGCGAAGAAGACGAGACAGCGGUUGAGCUGAAUCUCGGUCUCUCUUUAGGAGGUCGAUUCGGAGUAGACAAGACUCCGAGGAAGCUUAAACGAUCUUCUUCUGUUUUGGGUGCUGCGCCGUUUGUAGCCGAGCCGGAGAAUAAUUACGCGGUGGGUUUAGCGAGAACGACGUCGUUGCCGGCGGAGAUAGAGGAGGGGUGGAGGAAAAGGAAAGAGAUGCAGUCGGCGAGGAGAUGCGAGAAACAGAGUUUCAGAGCUGGAGACGAGCAAACGUCGUCGUUUGAGAGACAUUUGGUUUCUUGCGUUGAUUCCGAUGGUGGAAGAGUAGGAGGAGGUAGCUCUUCUAGCUUGUCCGAGCUUGACAACAAGAAUCAUCAACAAGGUUCAUCAAAUAGUUGUGGUGAGGACAUGAGUCCAAAGAUCAUGAGAAGAUGUUCAUCUAAUAACAGCGAAAUCCACGGAACAGAGAAAGGAGAGGAUGAUGGGAAAGGCAAAGGGAGGGUUCCUACGUCUACAGGUUUGUUUGACAUGCCGUGUGUGUUCACUAAAGGAGACGGUCCAAACGGAAGACGUGUCGACGGCAUUCUAUACAAGUACGGGAAAGUGGGAGAGGAAGUUCGGAUCAUGUGCAUUUGCCAUGGCAGUUUCUUGACACCAGCAGAGUUUGUUAAACACGGUGGCGGUGGAGAUGUUGAUCGUCCCCUUCGGCAUAUCGUUGUCAACACUUCUCCUUCAACGUUUUGACUAGAAGACUCUGGUAAAAAAACUAGAACGUGUUGUUGUUUUUAUAAAAAUAUCUUUUGGAUAUCUUCUGCAUGUUUGGCUUUAAGAAUGAAAUGCCAAAUCUCAAUCUUGUUGAAUAUCAAGAUUCUCUUGUAUUUUUAGGUGUAAUACAUCAAAGAAUCAUUAAAUGAUAUUUAUGAUU